CCUUUUUCAAAUCAUUUUUCCCAAGUCACGAUGAUCAUUUCCUGGACGGACAUCAGUGACAUUCUUUUAUAAAGGUUGUCUUUUUUUUCUUCUUUUUUUAACUUAUUCUGGUCGGAGACUCGGACUCUGCGGACCCCAUCAAUGCCUUUCAAUGAGAAAAGGCUUCGGACGUUCAUUGCUGUGAAUGUGUACGAGCAGCAAAUAACUUGAUAGACAUGGGAAAUAAGCAAACAAUCUUCACUGAUGAGCAGCUUGAUGCCUACCAGGACUGUACUUUCUUCACCCGCAAAGAAAUUCUGCGGUUGCAUGGGAGAUACCAUGAGCUGGCUCCACAUCUCGUACCAAUGGACUACACCAAUGAACCUGAUUGUAAGGUGCCGUUAGCCUUAAUAGUCAACAUGCCAGAAUUAAAGGAAAACCCAUUUCGCAACAGGAUUGUGGAGUCUUUCUCAGAGGACGGGAUGGGGAACCUCAGCUUCAAUGAAUUCGUGGACAUGUUCUCAGUCCUCAGUGAGACGGCCCCGAGGGAACUCAAGGCCAUAUAUGCCUUUAAGAUAUACGAUUUUAAUGUGGAUAAUUACCUGUGCAAAGAGGACCUUGAGAAGACCCUGAACCGGCUGACGAAGGAGGAGCUGACCCCUGAGGAGGUGGAGCUGGUGUGUGAGAAAACCAUCGAGGAGGCGGAUUUGGACGGAGACCACAAACUUUCAUAUUCGGACUUUGAAAAUAUGAUAACUAGGGCUCCAGAUUUUUUAAGUACUUUCCAUAUCCGUAUCUGAGAGGACUGGAUGAAGUGAAGUUUUGGAGGUGAGCAGUGGGAAGACUGUGAUGACGCCCGGCCUCUGCACACCUCUGGCCUCUCGCUCAGAUAAAAGCCAGCCAGCACUUCUGUCCAGCUCCUCAAAAUGCUCUUACCUCAACGAUGCCUGCUGAAGUUAAGAAGAAACAUAGUUGAAUUCCCAAUACCCUGAGUUUUAUGUAGGGUAUUUUUCUUUUGCUAAAUAUGUAAGGGCUUGACUUUUAGGUUUUAACUAUCUAGAAUGAAACAGAUGUGAAAUAAGCCAGAUUUGCAUCUCUUGCACAUUUCAAGACUGCAAAAACAAUACACAUCUACCUGCAGAAUAUUGUACAUCUUCCUACAUGUUUUACCACAAUGACACAAGAUAAUCAGUAUUAAUAUUAUGGAUAAAUGUUGACGUAAAGGAUUGCACAGCACUGGCUCUAAGGUGUGUGUGUGUGUGUGUGUGUGUGUGUGUUCUCUGCGACCUAUGCAAUGACAGUACAGUUUAAGAGUUUAAGUUGUGUUUUUUUUUUUUUUGUUCAUGUAACUGGGACAUGACGACAAUCACAUCUUACUGUUCUCCAGGAAAAAAAAGGAUAAAAAAAGGGCUCUGUCAUUUUGGCAGCCUUCAUCUUCAACCUCAGCCAUCACAGCCAUCUUUUGGAUACGUAUUUUAUAAUAUUUCACUUGAAAUUAUAAAUAUUUG